AGGGGAAGGAAGAGUAUUGUCGAACAUCUGUCACCAAGCGAAGGCUACGUCCGUUUUAGUGCCAAAAACCGCAAUACCGUCAUGGCACCCGGUUUUCUAAUUUUUUGAAGAAAAUCUAAUUAUAUAUACAACACCGAAAUCGCGUUGAAAUAGUGUUUUUUUUCUAAUCGAACAUUUGUUCAUAUUUGUCUUGGAAACAUGAGCUCAGGUAGACCAAUCAAAUGUGUGGUGGUAGGAGAUGGAACAGUAGGAAAAACAUGUAUGUUAAUAUCAUAUACAACAGAUAGUUUUCCAGGAGAAUAUGUGCCCACAGUAUUUGACAAUUAUUCAGCACCCAUGGUUGUGGAUGGAAUACCUGUUAGUUUAGGACUUUGGGAUACAGCAGGACAAGAAGAUUAUGAUAGGCUGCGUCCACUUUCAUAUCCACAGACUGAUGUGUUUCUAAUUUGUUUCUCAGUAACAAGCCCAUCAUCUUUCGAAAAUGUUACCAGUAAAUGGUAUCCAGAGAUAAAACAUCAUUGCCCAGAUGCUCCAAUGAUACUUGUCGGAACCAAAAUAGAUUUACGAGAUGAUCGUGAGACACUUACUGCCUUAGCUGAACAAGGUCUUAGUGCUAUAAAACGUGAACAAGGACAAAAACUGGCAAAUAAGAUUCGUGCAGUAAAAUAUAUGGAAUGUUCUGCAUUGACACAACGUGGCCUGAAACAAGUAUUUGAUGAAGCUGUUCGUGCUGUUUUAAGACCUGAACCUCAAAAACGCAGACAGAGAAGAUGCAUUAUGUUAUAAAUAUUAAAUGAGCAGGCAUUAAUCAACGUAGGUAAAGCCAUAUGUAAACUGACAGACUGAAAUUAAUUUUGUCAUAAAGGAGGAAAAGAGAAUAUGAAUGUUUUGAAAUGGAGAUAGUAACCCAUGCAUUUUCAUGAAUUUCUCUGGCAGCUGUAGUUUACUACAUUAUAUAUAAAGUACAAUUGACAGCUUGUUUACUUUAAUAUAAGCUGCAAAACUAACAUAAGACUAAAAACCUUAGACAACGAGAAAGUAUGAUAUUAUGAUCAUUUUUAACUAUUUUACUUAUUGCAUUGAAACAAGUUGAAUUUACUAUGAAUUUACAUAUGUGGGGUUUGUAGCAUUUCUAACAUAAUUUUAUAUAUUGACCUACUAGUCAGAACGUUAAGAUGAAAUGUAAAGUUGUAUACAUAUCUAUUUACAUAUAAACUUUUUAUUUUUAUAAAAUGACAACUUUAAUUUACUGUUGUCAUACCUUGUAAUCUCUUAAUUUUGCAGUGCUGUGGUUCAGUCAAUAUUGGAACAAACAAAUCUCAAUGGUUAAAUCAUGAAAGCUGCCAGACUAAACUUUUUACAUUUAUAAUAGUAGAAACAUUCAUUUUAAUACACACAUGAUAGAUAUUACAAUCAAUACACUCAAAAUUUUGAUGAAAAAUGUAAAAUAGUAUUUAGGAUUAUUUAAACAUAUAGUGCCAUAGCAACGAAAAAAUCAAAUUAAUAAUAUGAGCACUUUUUAUGUCAGUUCUAGACAAUACAUGUAUGUAUCUUAAUAGUCUGUUUCAUUAGUAAGCAUAGAAAAAGUGUAAAGGAAUUGAAGAAUCUCUUCUGACAGGAAAUAUUUUUUACUUACAUUAAAAUGUUCUAUAAAUGUUA